UCACCCUGGCUCCUGGGACGCCGCCUCCGGAGAUUUAAGCGAGAGCUGGAGUAGGUCGUGUACUUGGAGUGGACAAGGAAACCGAGAGCCCCGGCGGAGGCGGAGAGGGGCGGGGAGCACAGCAGGUGAGCAGCGCGCCGGACAAGGUCGGGGUCCCGGCACAGAAAAGGAAAUGGGGUUGACCCGGGUCCGCCCCGCGGUGCCGGGGCUGGGAGUCUAAGGUACAGGUCACCUGGAGGAAGCCACAUACUGACCUCCUCAUGCUGCUGACACAGGCAGGAUGGCAUUGAACUCAGGGUCACCUCCAGGAAUUGGACCUUACUAUGAGAACCACGGGUAUCAGUCUGAGCACGUCUAUUCCCCGAGGCCACCUGUGUCUCCCAGUGGCUACAACUUGUAUCCAGCCCAGAGCUGCCCAUCUCCAGUGCCCCAGUAUGCUCCGAGAGUCACAACUCAAGCCUCAACACCUGCCAUCCACAUACAGCCCCGAUCCUCAGGAACACUGUGCACCUCAAAAUCUAAGAAAUCCAUGCUUGUCGCCCUGGCCCUGGGCACUGUCCUCGCCGGUGCUGCUGUGGCUGCUGGCUUGCUUUGGAAGUUCUGGGACAGCAAGUGCUCUUCAUCAGAGAUGGAGUGUGGGUCUUCAGGGACAUGUAUCAGCUCCUCCCUCUGGUGUGACGGAGUGUCACAGUGUCCCAACGGGGAAGACGAGAACCGGUGUGUUCGCCUCUAUGGAACAAGCUUCACCCUCCAGGUUUACUCAUCUCAGAGGAAAGCCUGGUAUCCCGUCUGCCAGGAUGAUUGGAAUGAGAGCUACGGGAGAGCAGCAUGUAAAGACAUGGGAUACAAGAACAGCUUUUAUUCUAGCCAAGGGAUACCAGACCAGAGCGGGGCAACGAGCUUUAUGAAGCUGAAUGUGAGCGCAGGCAACGUCGACCUCUAUAAAAAACUCUACCACAGUGACUCGUGCUCAUCCCGCAUGGUGGUUUCUUUGCGCUGUAUAGAAUGCGGGGUUCGCUCAGUAAGACGUCAGAGCAGGAUUGUGGGUGGGUCGACCGCCUCACCAGGAGACUGGCCCUGGCAGGUCAGCCUGCACGUCCAAGGUAUCCAUGUCUGCGGAGGCUCCAUCAUCACCCCCGAGUGGAUUGUGACAGCCGCCCACUGUGUGGAAGAACCCCUCAGCAGCCCUAGGUACUGGACGGCAUUUGCGGGAAUUUUGAAACAGUCUCUCAUGUUCUAUGGAAGUAGACACCAGGUAGAAAAAGUGAUUUCCCAUCCAAAUUACGACUCUAAGACCAAGAAUAAUGACAUUGCUCUCAUGAAGCUGCAGACACCCUUGGCUUUUAAUGAUGUAGUGAAGCCAGUGUGUCUGCCGAACCCAGGCAUGAUGCUGGACCUAGCCCAGGAGUGCUGGAUUUCAGGGUGGGGGGCCACCUAUGAGAAAGGGAAGACCUCAGAUGUGCUGAAUGCUGCCAUGGUACCCUUGAUCGAGCCCUCCAAAUGUAAUAGCAAAUACAUAUACAACAACUUAAUCACACCAGCCAUGAUCUGCGCCGGGUUCCUCCAGGGCUCUGUCGACUCUUGUCAGGGAGACAGUGGAGGGCCCCUGGUUACUUUGAAGAAUGAAAUCUGGUGGCUGAUUGGGGACACGAGCUGGGGCUCGGGCUGUGCCAAGGCAUACAGACCUGGAGUAUACGGGAAUGUGACAGUAUUUACAGAUUGGAUCUACCAGCAAAUGAGGGUAAUUUCCUUGAUUCCUGGACUGUCCAUGGACUGUCCAUGGACUUGUGAGCUCAAGUCACAGGUCCGGGAGGAGUGCACAUUGUCAGAAAGUGGACACUUUCAUGGUCUAGACUUCUCCUGGGUCACCUUUCACUCCCCUGUUCCAGGUCUCCCCAUCCCUAUGAUUUCCCAAUUCCUCUCUACACCCACUCCAGGCCUAUGGUGCCUGUAUACUUGGCGGGAGGCACUGUCAACCUCACUGGCCUUCCUGCUAUCGUUGAUGGCAGAGCCAGACUCAUAGAACCCCCUUGGCUCCCCAUUUUAGUGCAGGAUCAGCAGAGCCAGGCGCCUACCCAGCCUUCACCCAUUCACACACUUGGGUGAUAGAAUAGUCAGAACGGUACUCUUCCUCAGAGUGGUCUCAUGAGGGGCGUUAUGUUCAUGUUCAGAGGGAGAGGAGUGGCUAGAGAUCUCAAGUCCCCAACGUGGCUCCAGGGGAGGUUGCACAGCCAGGAAGAAGUUCAAGAGUUCCUGUAGCCUACCUUCCUGGCUCAUCAAUACAAUCUGUUGGGUCUCCAGCUCCUUCCAUUCCAGGGAUCAAAAUGAUGGUCUGCUUAGGCAUGGACUCAUAGGAGGGUUCCUAGAGAAAGAGCAUAUCUCCUAGUAUCUGCCUGAUAAAGAAGAAAUGGGACCAAGGCAUUUUCGUGAAGCCUGAUCAUGUCAAUCCAAGUGCUCCUGAGUUCACAGUGUCACAUCUCUUGAGGGGAAGUCCUCCUGGCAAAAGAAGAUGUGGGAACAGACAAACCAGACUAUGCUGGGGGGCACAAAGAGGAGACUAGAGGGAGGGGCAGUAUGGAGGGCACUGACCAGCAGAUAUAUUUAAGCCUGAAGGCCACUCAGCAUGGCCUUGAGGAAAGAGAGUGCUGAGUGAGAGGGGUACCACAGGUAAGAAUGGAGGACCUCUCCAGGUAGAGAGUAGCUGGAACCAAGUGAGGCUUCUGGGCAGAGGCACAUGUGCUUCCUGCACCUGUAGCCUGAGCUUGACCUGCAGAAGUCUCUGAGGCCUGAGUCAGACUCGGAUUCUCAGAUCAUCAGGGGAAAAAGACAGCUUUGUCUGUCUUAGGAGAGUAACCUCGUCUCUUCUUCCUGUUGGCACAGGCGAACAGCUAAUCCACGUGGCUUUGUCCCCGACUUCCUUUGUCUUCAACAACCUUCUGCAAGAAAACCAAGGGGCGGAUUUUCAACUUCCUGUGCACAAUGUACCUUUUGAGAUGAUUCAAAGGGCCUUUCACUUUUAUUAAACAGUGACUUAUCUGACUGUGCUCCCUGGUCCUGUGAGGGCUUCAGUGCCCCACCCUCCAGGCUACUUCAGCAGCUCCUACCAGAAAGGAUGACCAGAUCCUGUUGGGUUUGGGCACAUAGGGCCAAAUACAGAAGAAGGUGGCACUCUCAUGUUGAGACUUCUUUUUGGCUUAUGCUCAGGCCUCUUUUGGAUGAGUAAGGACUAUGACCUCUGAGUAGUCUGAUGACCUGAGAAGAGUAGGGAAGCCAGGCAGGGCCUUGGGCCAAGGUACAGGUACAGAGAGAGAAAGAGAGAGAGAGAGAGAGAGAGAGAGAGAGAGAGAGAGAGAGAGAGAGAGAGAGAGAGAGAACACUACCCAUUGCCUGUGGCCUAGCUCUGCUGUGUAGUUUUGGGCUGGUCAUACUAUAAUGACUUCAUGAACAACAGCCCAGGAGUAAAGGACUUAUUCUCCUGCAUGUUGACAUGACAGUCAUUUCCAAGGUUGAUGGAACCUUUGCCAGGCUGAGGGCCUAGGCAGGGCCUUCAGAGCAAGAAACUAAUGUCUGCAUGUCCCUUGGGUGAGCUCUAUAUGGUAUCAUUCAGUCUGGUUCUUGGCUCCCCACCGCUAUUUCUGUCAGCCUUUCACAGCCUGAAACUUACCUCUUUGGUUUGGCUCCAGGUAAGGCCUGGUACUUGAUGGAGCCUGUAUAGCUCAGCUAGUCAUCUAGAGGCUGAGGUCCAUUAGAAUCAGGGACUUGUGAAUCCAGUCACCUUGCUUCUGGGUUGUGUUUAUUCCCUUACUACCUCACUGCACCUGCACACUAGUCUGGAUGAAUGUCUGUAGUUCACCUGCAUUUGGACUGUGUGCUUGUGCCUCAGAUAUUAGACCUCUUCCAGAUGGUUAGGUUGUUCUGUAGACUGACGAUGGGAUUAGUAGUCCCAAGCUUUGGACAAAGAUGAAAAAGAGGAGCUCGUUGUCUUCUAUCCUUUUCUGGCCCUGGGUUUAUACCAGGAAAGCCAUGCCACAAUCACCAAAUAUGAAGUAUGAAUGUCUUACCUAUGGUGAGGCUCUGCCUCCUCCUCUGUGCCUGGCUCUUCAGAAGGCAGUGAAUGGGUCACAGCUGGGACUCCGUCUUUGCUGGGGAGGGUCUCCCACCAAGGAAAUAGUUGCCACUCCAUGUAAAGAGUUCCCUCAUGCUUCCUCUGGGAACAACACUCUAGGGACCUUCUUAGAUGCCAUAAGGUACCUACUUACAAGACUAAAUGUACAAGCACCUUGAAGUGUGAGAACAUGUUCCCUCCUUAGCUCUCCCUGUCUUUGCUGUUGGUUGGUUAUUUCCUGUUUUGUGUCUGUUCUGAGCUGUGAGAUUCCACUGUGAAAUGUAUGAAUAAAGUAUGUAAUUCUG